CUGCCAAAACAAAAUUCGACGGAGAAAGAACGAAACUCGAUAGUAAUUCCAGUGAUCAGACCAUGAGAAACCGAAAUCAGAAAAGAAAAUUCAUCCGAUUGAGCUACGUUCUCCUGCUUCUGGGGCUCUUUCCAACCUCUACAAUCGCCCGUCCAUUUGUCCUUGUCCUUUCCCAAGACGACCUCAACAUCAAAGACCCGGUUACCGACGGAGUCUCUGAUUCCGACCCAACCGACUCCGACUUCGACGACUUCAUCGAUUCCGAUGCCAAACCCGAUUACGAGCUCGACCCGGGCUCAUGGAGCCCCAUAUUUGAGCCCAGCACCAACAAUUCUCCGUACUUUAAUUCCUCCUCCUCCUCCCCAGAUGAAGAUGUAGAAAAUAAUAAUGGCGAAAAUUUUGAUUUAAUUUAUUAUUUAGGGGUGAAGAAGAUGGUGACGGCGGCGAGAAGAGGCGAUGAGAGGGGUAUGGCGGAGGCAGCGAUGGAGAUCGAGACGGCUGCGGCGGCGGGCCACUCGCACUCGCAGUCGGUGAUGGGGUUUUUGUAUGGAAUGGGGAUUAUGAGAGAGAGGAGUAAAGCUAAGGCCUUUUUACAUCAUUAUUUUGCUGCUGAGGGUGGGAAUAUGCAGUCCAAGAUGGCUCUUGCUUAUACUUAUUACCGCCAAGAUAUGCAUGAGAAAGCAGUUCAACUCUAUGCUGAACUGGCGGAAAUUGCUGUAAAUAGUUUCCUGAUUUCAAAGGAUUCACCUGUCAUCGAACUGGUUAGGAUUCAUAGUGGAGCUGAGGAAAAUAAGGAGGCACUGAGAAAGUCUCGAGGAGAGGAGGAUGAGGACUUCCAGAUUUUGGAGUACCAGGCACAGAAAGGAAAUGCUGGUGCUAUGUACAAAAUUGGAAUAUUUUAUUACUUUGGAUUGAGGGGAGUCAGACGUGAUCAUGCAAAGGCAUUAGCAUGGUUCUUGAAGGCUGUGGAGAAGGGUGAGCCGAGAUCAAUGGAACUACUUGGGGAGAUAUAUGCAAGAGGUGCUGGAGUUGAAAGGAACUACACUAAAGCACUGGAAUGGUUAACACUUGCUUCCAAGCAACAGCUUUAUUCAGCAUACAAUGGAAUGGGCUAUUUAUAUGUUAAGGGGUAUGGAGUGGAGAAGAAGAACUAUACAAAGGCUAAAGAAUACUUUGAGAAGGCUGCUGAGAAUGAGGAAGCUGGUGGGUUUUACAACCUUGGCGUCGUGUACCUAAAGGGCAUUGGUGUGAAGAGGGAUUUGCGGCAAGCAUGUAACUACUUUAUACCGGCUGCCAAUGCAGGUCAACCAAAGGCAUUUUACCAAUUGGCAAAGAUGUUCCAAACUGGUGUUGGCCUUAAGAAAAAUCUCCCCAUGGCAACAGCUCUAUACAAGUUAGUUGCAGAACGUGGACCUUGGAGUUCCAUGUCCAGAUGGGCACUAGAAUCGUAUCUAAAAGGUGAUGUAGGCAAGGCAUUCCUCUUAUAUUCAAGGAUGGCAGAGUUAGGGUAUGAGGUAGCACAAAGUAAUGCUGCUUGGAUUCUUGACAAAUAUGGUGAAAAUAGCCUGUGUCUGGGAGAAUCUGGAAUCUGCAGAGAAUCAGAGAGGCAUCUAAGAUCUCAUGCUUUGUGGUGGCAAGCUUCUGAGCAGGGCAAUGAGCAUGCUGCUUUGCUGAUAGGGGAUGCAUAUUAUUAUGGCCGGGGGACAGAGCGAGAUUAUGAUCGUGCAGCGGAGGCUUAUAUGCAUGCCAAGUCGCAGUCAAAUGCUCAAGCUAUGUUCAACCUGGGUUAUAUGCAUGAGCAUGGCCAAGGACUGCCGUUUGAUCUUCACCUUGCCAAGCGAUAUUAUGAUCAAGCAUUGGAAAUUGAUCCUGCUGCAAAGUUGCCUGUGACUCUAGCCCUAGCAAGCUUGUGGUUGCGAAAGAACUAUGCUAACAGUUUCAUGGUUGAGUUCAUUGAUUCACUGCCCGAAUUGUACCCAAAGGUGGAAGCGUGGGUCGAGGAUAUGAUUAUGGAGGAAGGAAAUGCAACUAUUUUAACUCUUUUUGCAUGCCUCCUAACCGUCCUCUACCUUAGGGAGCGACAGCGCAGACAUGCUGUUGUUGCAGGUGGAGGGAUGGCUCCUCAGCAACCUUUUGAGCAAGCUGUGCUUGCGGGUCGUUGAACAUACGGAGGAUAAGAUUGACACUACAUGACGAGGUGAGAUACAUGUCGGAUGUUGUAUAGAAUUUUCAUUUUUCUUAGUUUGACCAAAGAUAACUGAGGGGCAUUAGACAAGGUAGGGUAAGAAGGAAUACCAUUUGCCAGUCAUGUCAAGCUUGUAAGUACCAACAGAUUUUGCAAGUUGUAGAUUUUUUGAGUGGAAAAUCUGUCGUUCAAGUUUAUUACGUUACAUUUUAUGAAAUUCAUUCAUAUUCGAGAGGCCAAAGCUUUGUAAGAAAGUCCUGAAACAUUUUAUGGUGAAAAUUUUAGCUUCAUGAAGAUUCUUCU